GCGGCGCCGCUCACUCGCACACAAACACCCCGACCUUCUUCUCUUGCUCCUCUCUUUCUCUCUCGCGCUCUUCUCUCUUCACUCUUCUGAUCUCAACGACAAACAGCAGCGCCGAGUAUAAUUUGCCCGCUCGGCAAACAUUAUUUUCGCUCUCAGCUCCGAUGGGCCGAUAGCGACAUAAUUCCGCAAUCAAUAGCGGACGCCACAGACAGACGGACGCUUUAAGAGAAAGAGGAGUGCAUGAACUUUGUACUCGUAACGAGCCACUCGUGAUUUAAGCCAACAUGGACAUCCUAGGAGCGGUCGGCGGCGACGAUGACGGCGACGAUAAGGAAAAGGAGGAAGAGGCCGAAAGAGAACGCCAGGAGGCGAUCCGCGAGGCCGAGGAGCGACGCAAGGAGAAGCACCGGAAAAUGGAAGAGGAGCGCGAGAAGAUGAGGCAGGAAAUCAGAGACAAGUAUAACAUCAAAAAGAAGGAGGAAAUCCAGGAGAUGAUGCCGCCGGAGGAUCCCAAUCCCUUAAUGCGCAAGAAAAAAACGCCCGAGGAGUUGGCCCGCGAAGCCGAAGCCGAGGAUGAAGAUGAGUUAACGAAGUUGAAAAAUUCCAUAGAAACGCAAGUAGCGGAGAUCAAGACGCAAAUUGAAAGUAAAUGUGUUCUUCAGUAAAUUCAGGCGGCUAGCUGAUGCGGUUAACUAAAAUUACGAGAUAUGUUAAAAAACAGUAUUAAUAACAAUUAAAAAGAGAACAGAACUUAGUCAAAACAAAGUAACCCACGAUUUAACGAGUAAUUUAAAACCAGAAAUCGUAUGAUUCGAGUUUUAGUCAGUGCGAAAACCAAAGAAAUGUAAACGUUGUAAAAAGCAAGAGGAAUUAAGUGGUUGUCGGACGACGCGAGACGGAAAAGGAGAAGCGCAACUACUUAACUUCCAGCAAACACACGGCAGAAUCAAGAGUGAUGAUAAUAAUAAUAAGUACAUAAUAACAAACGAAAAAAAACACAGAGCCUGCCACUCGAAUCCAAAUUCCCGGAGGAAAUAACGCAUAAUGCAUUGCUGGAGAAUAUUUUUGUUGUUGCUCGAUCUCUCUCGAUUCUAAAAUAAUUCCGGAGGGAAAUUGGAUUGGACCGGCCGAGCCGUAGGAGAGAACAAGAAAGUGUGUGUGAUGAUAACAAAAAUAAUACAACGCAAACAUGAUGAGUCCCCCCUUUUAUCAUUUCUCAUGGGCCCAACGUUACGUUAUGUAUCAAAUAUAUAUAAAUAAUGUUAAAAGCAAGCGAGUACUAAAAGUGUGUCGUAGAAGAGGACAAAAUUGUAUAUAUCUGAAUGAGGAGAAAAUACCAUUCCGCACCCAACAUGCAAGAGAAGUAAAAGUAGAGCUUUGCAACAGGAUGAUUAAACAACAAAUUUUCCUUUCAAUUCGGCAAACGAUUGUGCAAAUCCGAGAACAAUCCCGCUUUAUUAAAAAUACACAUAAUUAAAAACCUCACAAGUAAAAACAAGUACGAAUCAAAAUUCGCCUGAUGUGUCAGCAGCAGUAUAAAAACACGGAGAAAUCGAUCCCAUUUAAAGAAACGAGAAAUUCUUUGUGAUGCCAACGUUACUGAUAAAAAUAAUAAUAUUAUAAAUAUUAUUAACAGAGUUAACGACAUCAGGAACUGAAAAAUAUUGCUACAAUAUUGUAACCCAGGGAACUAUUAAAUGGGAGUUAAAAAAAAGAUGAGAAAUUGAUUGUUUGAAUUUAAUACUGAAUGUCCUGUGUCAUUUUAUACCCGCGAAUAUAUUGUUGUAGUCGUUGUAAUUAAAGAAGAAAAAAAAAUCAAUUAAAGAUGGAUACCUUUUUGUUACUUGUAUGAUCACAUAGACUGAGUCCAAAAGGAGUAAGACAAAACAUUACAGAAAUAAUAGGAGAAAAAAUACUUAUUUUUUCCACUGUUUUCAAUUACAUUCAAGGCGAUCGAAAGAGACGGUGCGAAAUAUUAGACGAGCAACAGAAAAAUGCUGAAUCAUUUCGUGUUUGCUAAAUCAAUGAGUGUGGUAUGUGUUUUCAACAUGAAAAAAAAAUUUACAAAGAAAAAAAGUUCAGCACUUUCGCGUUGCGCGGUACCUAGGUGUUUGAUGAGAAUUUAUACGUCAUGCAUAUGUGUUCUCUCUGUUCUUAAUUUGCGUAUAUAAAUAUAUAUUAUAUUUCUCUCGAUGGUUCAAACGUCAUGAAUUAAGAUCAUCAAUCUUGCUGUGCGUCACUGGGUUUGCAUCGAAAACCGACCGACCGGCGAAAGACCGCGGCGGGAAUGCGAAGCUCCUCCGCCCCGGGCCUUUCUCCUUUCUCCCCCCAACGUGAAAUAUUUGGGCAACAUGUUAAAUAAAAGCGUUUAAUAUUGAAUGUUCUUCUCUUGCAUGCUCUUCUCUCUCUCUCUCUAUCGCUCUCACUCAAGCAAUUAAACUCGCCAUAACUCUUUCUAUCGCUCCUCUUCUCCGUACUCUAUAAAAAAAUAUAUAUUACACCUUCCAAGGCAAAGUUGAAAGUUGGAUUUUCCUCUGAAAAAACUCUUAAACUUUUUUCAUUAGCCGAAAAUUUAGCUUCUCCUUUUUUUAACAAAAGUUUCUUCAACUUUCAACUUUCCCCGUCUUGAUAAUUAUCGCUCGCGCAGAGGUGGAAAAGCAGUCCAUGAUAAUUAUUGUUCAGUCGAAACAAAACAAGCUCGAGCGCGUCCGGCCAUCAGCCGGCCGCUCAGCUGGAUAUUGGAGAGUCAAUUAUUUACAUACUAAUUUAAUCAACACCCAUAUUAAGCCAGAGUUUCGGUCAAUA